GCGUUGCUCAAGCUGCGCCUCUUUCCACAUUCCUCCCAGGCACACGCCCUGUGACAGCGAAAAGAGAGAAAAAAAGAGUUGGACCGAGUGGAAGUUAAAUCACGGAAAAGAUAUGUGCUGCUGGGUGAUCUAGACUAGUGAGGAGGAUCCGCGAGAAGGGAAGGAACCGUUCCUCGUGUCUUUGAAACAUGGAGGCAGCAAUCAAGACUAUAGUGACGACAUUCAUUAAUUCGUCCAGGGGGAAGGAUAACCUCGACAGUAAAUCCUUCCAGAAACUGGUGCAGAAGCAGUUCAGCGGCACCAUGGAGGACACGGACAGCAGCUCGGCCAUUAAGGAGAUGCAGCGGGGACUGGAUGAGAACAGUGAUGGAAAAGUCAGCUUCGAGGAAUACCUCUCUCUGAUUGGCUACGUGGCGAAUGCCAUGAGUGAGAGGAAGUGUGGGUCCAACGCAGAUGCAUCGUAGAAGCGGCGGCGGCCAUCAUGGAGUCUUCAAAUCAAAAUACCCACUCUUUUUUUUUAACCUUCAAACAUUCCAGCCUCAGUGUGUGCAUGGGCCUUUACGUCAGUCCGUAAUCAUCGACCAGUGUCGAGUUCAGCCGUUUUCAUGCAGUCAUCUCCACUGAGAACGCAUUAAAGAACUUUGAAGGGCCUUUUUUUUUAUUCCAGCAACAAAAAGAAUGUGUUUACAAAAUAAAACCUACUUUGUUAUCCA